UAAUGCAUUCCAAACUCUAUCUAUACAUGCAAUUGCUGCUGAUAGAUAUUAUGCCAUUCAACCUUACGAUUUUCAAGUGAAGGGAUCCUCAUUUCGCAAUUAUAUUUUCUCGUCUUCACUCUAUUAUUUUCAUUUCUAAGUAAAAAGAAAAGGAAAAAGAAAGAAGCAAAAUGGUUGAUCUUGAUCUUAACUGGUAUAAGCCGACUAGGAAAACAUAACAGCAGAUAAGGGCUUGGGGAGGCUUAUGAGGGAGACAUUUGGUGGAGAGGCAUAAUGAUCCUAUUAGUGUUGCAUUUGGGGGUACCGUACACUCCUGCUAAGACAAUUUAUUACGGUUUAUAUUUGUCCUUUUACCUGGAAAUCUUAACUAAUGAAAGUGAAGAUCAGUUGUGACAUCUUUUUCCAGAUCUUUCUACAGAUUAGUAAGGAUGUAUUUCUCAAACGAUAACCUGAAGUUUCAGGGGCUCUACUACUCUUCUUCUUCAUAUGGUGCCAUCCUAUUGGCACGUUGGUUCAUACGACUUUUUGAUGGAUCCGCAAAUCAAAUUUUUCUAUUAUGCUCAUGAUUCGACGGAAUACGGUCAAGCAAAGAGUGGUUGCAUACCGAAAUGCGGGAAUGUUACCAUUCCAUUCCCAUUUGGUAUUGGUAAUGGCUGCUCCAUUAGUGAUAGAGAUGGGUUUAGUAACAGUACUGGUCGUUUUGAUUACAGCAUCGCAUGCAAUACUUCAUUCAAUCCUUCUAAACCGUUUAUUAAUGCAAAUGGUAAAAUAUUAGAAGUUUUAAGUAUAUCAGAUACAGAAGUUCGCGUUAAGAACUCCUUCACAAGGUUCGAGUGUAAAGAUACUUCUGCUGCUAUGGCAAAAAUGCAUCUUCAUGAUGGUGCUCUCAACUUGAGUAAUACUCCAUUUACUAUAUCCAAUACCAAAAACGAUUUAUUUGGGAUCGGAUGCGAUAUUGCUGAUGUGGAAAUCUGGUCGAAUGGUAAGUUCGAUUCAAGCAGGCUAGUGGUACACAGAGAGUGUCAAUCAAAAUGCGAGAUGAAGGAACAAAAGACAGAAACAUUUUGCAACACCACUAGGUACACUUGCUGCGAAACAGCCAUCCCAAUGGGUUUGAAGAUGUUUGAAGGAUCAGUGGAGCACCAUAAUGAUAAUCAAACGGAUACGAGUCCUCCUAAUUCGUGUAGCUUUGUUUUACUGGCUGAGCUAGGGCAGUACUCGUUCAAUCCAUUGGAUCUUACUACGGAAGGCCUUCGUAGCACAUACAAAAAUAAUGUCAUACCGGUGGUCCUUGAUUGGGCAAUAGAAUCUAACACUACUUCUUGUGAGGAGGCGCAACAAAACAAUAAAACUUAUGCAUGCCAGGCAAAUAGUUAUUGUUCCCAGACAACAGAUAUCAGAAGACAUGGAGGUACAGUAAGUAACCUGCAGAGCCAAAUGGCAUAUCGAUGCACCUGCAAAAAAGGAUUCGAAGGAAACCCUUAUCUUGAACCUGGAUGCACGGAUAUAAAUGAGUGUGAACAUAAGAGCAACAAUCCAUGUGAAGGAGUUUGUACGAAUACCAUUGGAAGUUACAAGUGUUCCUGUCCAAAAGGCAAGAAUGGCGAUGGGAGGAAAGACGGGAGUGGUUGCAGUACUACUACCAUGGCAAUGAGGGUUGCACUAGGUGUUGGGUCUGGUUUCUUAAUUGUCAUUAGUGGGGGAUUUCUUUUAUACGUAUUUUUUAGGAAACAGAAACUACUUAAACUUAAAGAGAAGUUCUUCAAGCAAAAUGGUGGAUUGUUGUUGAAACAACAUAUGUCUAUGUAUGAAAAUGGGGGAGAGUCAACAAAAAUCUUUACAUCAGAAGAGUUAAAAUUGGCAACCAAUAAAUUUUGUCCGAAACGAAUUCUUGGGCAAGGAGGGAGUGGUAUAGUUUACAAGGGGACUUUAUGUGAUGGUCGUGUAGUCGCCAUAAAAAAGUCCAAAGUAUUCGACCAGAGUCAAGUCGAGCUGUUCAUAAAUGAGUUAGCUAUCUUAAUUCAGAUUAACCACAGAAACGUGGUGAAGCUUUUGGGUUGUUGCUUAGAAACUGAAACUCCUCUGCUUGUGUACGAAUAUGUACCUAAUGGUACUCUUUUCCACCGCAUCCAUUACAAGCAGCAGGAGUCUAGGACUUGGGAAAGUCGUCUGAGGGUUGCAACCGAAACUGCUUGUGCAAUUGCAUAUUUACAUUCGGCAGCGUCACCACCCAUCAUUCACAGGGAUAUCAAGUCUACCAACAUAUUAUUAGAUGAAAAUUUCACAGCUAAAGUUUCAGACUUUGGGUUGUCAAGGCUAGUUCCAUUGGACCACACUCACAUAAAUACACUAGUUCAUGGGACUUUAGGAUAUUUGGAUCCGGAAUACUUCAACACAAGCAAACUCACAGAUAAAAGUGAUGUGUAUAGUUUUGGCGUCGUUCUUGCAGAACUCUUAACGGGUGAAAGGCCACUUUGCCUUGACAGACCAGAAGAACACAGAAAUCUUGCGGCAUAUUUCGUUCAUUUAAUGGAUGAUAAUAAAGAAAACAAUGCUUUCAAGGAUGCAAACCUAGAGGAGGUUAUGGCGGUAGCAGAGAUUGCAAGUAAAUGCCUUAACCUAAAGGGUGAAGACAGACCUACGAUGAAACAAAUAGCCACAGAUCUACAAGUUUUGCAAAGGUCUCAGACGUCGGUUUUGCAAAGGGUUCAUACGUCAUAUGCAUUCAGCUCAAAUCAUCCUCCAACCUGCCACAACUGACUGUCCCAUUGAGUUAACAAAUUUGCCUAUCUUAUGAACAUGCCGAGGUGAGUGUAACUUGUCGGCCUGAGUGUAAAUUUUUUCUGUAUUGAGUUUUGAAGUUGGGAUCCUUCGA